CCAUCAGAAAGAUCGUCGUUUGAUAAUUCUAAUAAUAAUAAUAAUAACAAUAAUAAUCGAAAUAAUUAUGAAGAACAAUGUUAUCAACAAAUGGAUAAUCCUAUAUCAAAUUGUAAUAAUAAUGGUAUCAAUGGAUUAUCUUCAACGAAAACUCAUCAAGGUAGUGAUCCUAUGUCACAAAUAAUACUUCAAGAUCGUCGUCAUAGAAAUCUAUUGGCAAGUAAAAAAUAUCGAGCAAAGAAGCAAAAGUUAGAUCGAGAAAAGAAUGAAAUGAUUCAAUCUUUAUCAGAUGAGAAUCAAUCAUUGAAACGAAAGGUGCAAGAAUUAGAAUUUGAAAAUAAAAGUUUAAAAGAGAUUAUGAGUAGGUUAACAACUUCUUCGGCUGCUUCGAUAUUGGAUAGAGAAAGAUUAUGUAGAAAAGGUGAUAAUCAAUGUAAUCAAUGAUACAUAUUACAUAUAUAUAUAUAUAUAUAUUUUUUUAAGUAAUUAUUAUAAUUAUGUUUCAAACUUUAAUAUUAUGUGCAUUUAUAUAUGCG